AUGAACAUGGAUGAAGCAUACUCACUCAUCUGGCACAAGUAUGAGGAGAGCUUCAGCGGCCACAUCAAUACUCCAGACGGUUGUUGCUGCCAUCAGGGUGCAAAGGAAGAGGCCAACGUUCUACGCCUACAGAGAGAGAACAAUCAUUGCCACUGCUCCGUCCCUCCAGACCAGGGGAAGUGUGCCAAUCAUCAGAGUUGCUUGGACGUAUUCCGCAAAGAUGGUUCAUCCAGCUUCGUCGGUUACAAAGCCUUCUACAUGGACUACGUGCAGGAAGUGAAUCCGCCAAUGCCCAACAAUAUCGUGCUGAACUCUGGGGAGCCAUUCUCAGAGGAAAGGGAUUUCGAGGAACAUCAGGACAAGCUCUUUGGGAUGAUGAAACCAGAAGGCAAGGCACCACUGCAGCAUCUGGAAGAUGUCAAAACCGCCACAAUUUUGGCGAUGUCAGAAGACCAGCAGAUGAUACACACGGCAGAGGAGCUCCAGAUCCUACCGGGAGACACAUGUGACAUAGAUGGAGUUUCGGUAGAAGUUCAGCAUGUGGAUGGGCCGGUGCUUCAUCUAUCGCAUGAGGUUCUCUUCCAGUACCCUUCCACCUUCACUGCAAGAACACACUAUGCAACACCGAAUGCCAUCAUCGGGAAGUUGGAAGAAUUCUGGAAAGGACGAUGGUGGAGACAGUCACUUCCACCACCGUCUGAUUGGGAGAGGAUGCUCGCUUUUGCAGAGCAAUACCUUCCGAGGAAGGUUAUGCAAUGCUCUCCGAACUCAAUCGAUCGCUGGACAGAAGUGAACAAGCGCUAUGGACCUCGAUCAGCGAGGCCCUGA